UCUAUUUUUGCUCAAUAUGUAUGACAACAAUGUCACUACUGGUUGUUCUCUCUUGUUCUUUGGUGUUCUGUCACCUCCCAUUUCUCGGGAACCACAACAAUGCUGUUAGAUGUACGUGGGAAGAAGAAGGUCUGUUAUUUAUUAUUGACAUUAUUGGUACUGCUGCGUUUUACCAGUACAUAACAAACAACAGAGUAUGUGUGUGUGUAUAUAUAUACGAAUUGGAUCAGCUACCGUCUUGCUUGACGCUAUAAAGAAAGAAGUUUAUUAUGUACAUUUGAAACCGAAACUUUUGUUUUUGCCAAGGAAGACUAACAGGCUUCUCUGAAUGUUCUAUAUAUAUAGCUGGCUUGUAUGUACAGAAUACAACGGAAUAUAAAGAGAAGCACAGCAUAUCAGUAAUAGUAGCAGCGGAUGUUGGUUAGCAAUCUACUGUACACCCAAAUAAAGCUCUUUAUUUGUCCAUGGGCUGAGCACUGUUGUUGUUUAUCCGUACCAUCAUCGUCGUCUGUGGGUAGGUUAAAACAGUAAAAAUAGUAUAUUGUCAUCGACAGUAGAUAAACAUCGGAAGACGGGAAUUGUUCCUAAACUAUACGAUGGCGGCCGCGAUAACAUACAAAUAAAAUCGAAUCGUGCGACAUAAAUACAAUGAAAGUGAGAAGGACCCA